AUGAGGCAACGGGGUGUUUCGUUUCAGCCAAUCAGCGACCGUUUCCACAGCGACGUCAGCGAGGACGCAAGCAUGGAGAUCGGCAUUCCUCUCUCUCCGACGUCCUGCGGAGUCGUAGGGGAUCUGCCAUUAGAGAUGGCGUCUCCCGUGCUCAAGUGGAAGCGUGUGACGAACACGACUGGGCCGUGUCCCAGGCCUCGACAUGGACACAGAGCAGUUGCCAUCAAAGAUCUGAUGAUCGUUUUCGGGGGAGGCAACGAAGGAAUUGUCGACGAGCUACACGUGUAUAAUUCAGCUGCAAACCAGUGGUUCAUCCCACCAGUCAAAGGAGAUAUCCCACCAGGAUGUGCUGCUUAUGGCUUUGUUGUCGAUGGCACCAGGAUCCUUGUCUUUGGAGGCAUGGUGGAAUAUGGAAAGUAUUCCAAUGAACUCUAUGAACUCCAGGCAAGUCGAUGGGAAUGGAAGCGAUUGAAGCCAAAACCUCCUCGGAAUUCUCCUCCUCCGUGCCCUCGUUUGGGCCACAGCUUCACUUUGAUUGGAAACAAAGUGUACUUGUUUGGAGGCCUGGCCAAUGAUAGCGAUGACCCAAAAAACAAUAUUCCCAGGUACUUGAAUGACCUUUUCAUUCUGGAGCUGAGACCUGGUUCUGGUGUUGUUGGAUGGGACCAGCCAGAAACCCACGGAAUUCCACCACCACCCCGUGAGUCCCACACUGGUGUGGCUUACUGUGGAUCAGAUGGAAAACAAAAACUUGUCAUUUACGGUGGCAUGAGUGGAUGCCGACUUGGUGACCUUUGGAUUCUGGACAUUGAGUCCAUGACAUGGAGCAUGCCAAUGGUGUAUGGGAUCCCUCCACUGCCACGUUCAUUACACAGUGCAACACUACUUGGUCCAAGGAUGUUCGUAUUUGGUGGAUGGGUUCCUCUUGUUGUGGAUGAUGUCAGGGUCGGAACACAUGAGAAAGAGUGGAAGUGUACCAACACCCUUGCUUCUUUGAAUCUCGAAACAAUGACCUGGGAGCCUCUGGCAAUGGAAGUGUUUGAAGAAUCCCUCCCAAGAGCCAGAGCUGGCCAUUGUGCAGUUGCCAUUCACUCUCGUCUCUACAUAUGGUCUGGUCGAGAUGGAUACCGCAAGGCCUGGAAUAAUCAGGUUUGCUGCAAAGACCUGUGGUUUCUGGAAACUGAAGUCCCCCCACCCCCAACUCGGGUUCAACUGGUCAAAGCCUCGACAAAUUCCCUGGAAGUCUGCUGGAAUGCUGUUCCAACUGCUGAGGCAUACAUCCUCCAGGUUCGAAAGUACGAGGUACCAACUGCCACGGGAGCUUCACCACGGGUUCCAGCUGCAAAUCCACCUGCAAUUGCACCCAAGCCAAUGGCUGCCUCUUCUCCCAUGGUUUCUCCAGCAAAAGCUGGAGGAAUGUCUGGCAUUGCUGCAUUGGCUGCAGCUGCAGCAGCAACACAAAAGCUGACAACUGGGACCCCAGGUAUGGUCAGUCCCAUCACAACAGUGACUGGCACAACACCACGGCUCAAGAUCUUGCAACAGCCAACAAUUGUUACCCCACAAGGUGUCAGGGUGACACCAGUUCAGGGAGGAACUGGUGCUCAAACAGUGAGGCUGAGUUCUCCUGGUUCUGCAGUUUUGAAGACACCACAGGGAACAGUAGCAAGUGCUGGUGUGAUGGGGCCUGCUGGGAAGCAGCAGAUCAUUGUCCAAGGAUCAACUGCCCAGGCCAUACAAGUCCAGGCAGCCCAAGCUGCAAAGACUGUGGCAGCCUCUCAGGGAGGUGCCAAUCAACCCCAGAUAGUCACUUUGGUGAAGACCAGUCAAGGGAUGACUGUUGCAACAGUCCCAAAGGUGAGCCUGAUGAAAGGAGGUGCCCAGGGGAUGGCAGCAGCAUUGCAAGGGGCAAAGGCAGUUGGAGGUGGAGGUCCAACUAUUGUGAAACUGGUCACUGGUCAAGCACAAGGAAACCAACAGCAGCAGCAGCCCAUCAUCAUUGGAUCCAACAUUGCUGGCCAGGGUGGAGUCGCACGCGUCGUGAGCGCUCUGGGGAAGAGUGCCACUGUGGGAGGGAAGCAAGCGAUUGUGAUCGCCAAGCCCGGUACUGGUGUCACUGGGUCUCCUGGAGCCACUCAAGUUCAGAGGGCUUUUGCUGUGACUCAGGCUGGGCAGCAGCAAGGACAGCAAGUGCAAGGCCAGCAGCAACAGUCUCCACAACAGCAGCAGGUCAUUGUUGUAUCAUCUGCUGGUGCACUUCGAAAUGUCCCUGCUGGUCAAGUGAUUUCAACUUCUGGUGGAAUGAAGAUGAUUGUGGUAUCCUCUGGAAGUGGGAAGCCAUUUGCCCUGAAUGUUCCCAGUCAGGGGGGAGGAACAAAGACCUUGACCUUGGCAAAGUCAGGCCAACAGCUGCUGGGCACAUCAUCUGGUCAAUUUCUUGCCCUUCCAACUCAAGGUGUUCUCACAUCUGCUUCUGGACAGACCAUCACAUUGGGAGGGAAGCCAAUGGCUGUGCAGGUGGCAACUGCAGGAGGGCCAAAGACUGUUGCACUAGUGUCACCUCAACAGGCUCCAGCAUCACAAGUGAAUGUGACCCAGCAGGCCCUGGACUCAGCAAUGGUGGUCCUUCAAGGGCAAGAAGGGGCUGAACAAGGAUCAGGAGCACUGCAGAUCCAGCCAUCGGCAUCAAUGGUUGGAGGAGGAGAUGGCCCUGCUACCACAGAUGCUGCCCUGGCAGCCCUGGCAGCUGAGGCUGGACUUCUCGAACCAGAAACAGGGGCAGAAGAGGGAGGUGGAGAAGCAGAUGGGCUGAUAGGGGAAGUUCAUGAAGAAGGUGGGAAUGCAGAAGCAGAAGGAAAUGUGGGUGAGGUGGCAGUGAGCCAGGUGGAUGGCAUCAUGGAGAUUCCACAACUGGAUGGAGCAUUUGACAUCAUUCAGGUUGAUGGACCUGGAGAUGAUGAAGGUGGGGAAGAGGAGACAGGGAAUGCAGCAGGAGAGAAGGAAGGUGAAGAUACUGCCACCCACCAUGCAGAUCCCCUUGCCGAGGCCGAGUAUCCAGGACAAGAUCUGACUGGAGAGCAAGAAGAUGAUGCUGCUGUUGAAACCAAGAGAGAGGAUGGUGAUGAAGGAAGGGAGGAUGACAAGGAGAAGGAGGUAGGAGGUGAAGAAGGGAAGGAGAAAUCGGAAGAUCCACUGGCAACCCUUGCAUCAGCUGCCAUCAGCACUGCUCCAUCUGCUCCUGCAUCCAAUCUGUCUUCUCCAAUCAUCAAUGGAGUCCCUGGAAGUGCACAUAUUCCCAAUGCCAAUCACAUCCCCUCGUCUUCUCCUACAAAGAUGGAUGACCAAGACAAGAAAGAUGAGGUUGGGGUGAAGGAGGAGGAGGAGGAGGAGGACUAUGGGCACUGGUACGACAUUGGGAUCGUCCGAGGAACAACAUGUGUUGUUCAGAGCUAUUACGUUCUCCCCCCGGGACUCCAGAUGCCUGAGAUCGAUGCCGAAAUUGAUCUUGAGCAGUUUGGCUUACAAAAGGUGGAUCUGGAACCAGGAACUGCAUACAAGUUCCGUGUUGCUGCACUCAACUCAGUUGGGAGGAGUGCAUGGAGCGAGGUCUCAGCAUUCAAAACAUGCAUCCCUGGCUUCCCUGGAGCUCCAUGCUCUAUCAAGAUCAGCAAGUCUGGAGAAGGAGCGCAUCUUUCAUGGGAACCACCACAAAAUCCAGCUGGAAUCAUUGUGGAAUACUCAGUGUACCUGGCUGUGAAGAGUGCAUCCACUGGCGUGCAGGGUGAUGGGAAGACAGUGCAGAGUAACCCAAGUCAACUGGCAUUUGUGCGAGUGUAUUGCGGGCCCCACAACUCAUGCACAGUCCCCAAUAGUUCCCUCACCUCGGCUCACAUCGACAUGACCACGAAGCCAGCCAUCAUCUUCCGGAUUGCAGCUCGGAAUGACAAAGGAUAUGGUCCUGCCACCCAAGUCAGGUGGCUUCAAGUUGAACUAGCUGGGUUGAAAAAAGAAGAAGUGAUUGCUAAGAGAAUGGGUGAAGACUCACAUCCUGCAGCUAAGUAUGGAGGGAGAUACCAGGUCACCAUGCUACCUGGUGCUGGGAUUGGACCUGAGAUGAUGAGGCAUGUGAAGGACGUUUUUCGGUAUGGAGGAGUUCCAGUGGACUUUGAGGAAGUCAUCAUUGACACAUCCAAGGAGAACUUUGAUGACGUGAAAUAUGCCUUGACAUCCAUCAAGAGGAAUGGUGUGGCUCUUAAAGCAAAUAUCGAGACGCACAGGGAAACCAUGGGUACUCUAUCUAGGAAUGUUUUGCUCCGAACAGAGUUAGAUUUAUUUGCUCAAGUGGUUCAUUGUAAGACAUAUCCAGGCAUCCCUGGAUUGAAACAUGACCCACUGGACAUCAUGAUCUUCAGACAGAAUACAGAAGGAGAGUAUUCUAUGCAGGAACAUGAGAGUGUGAAGGGUGUAAUAGAGAGCUUAAAAGUGAUCACAGAGGAAAAUUCUCGCCGUUUGGCCCGCUUUACCUUCCAGGCUGCCAAGAGAAUGGGAAGGAAGAAAGUUACUGUGGUGCAUAAAGCCAACAUCAUGUAUGUUGAGAUUGAUACAAGUCGAAAUGUGGCAGUGGAACUUGUUGGGAAAAAUGUUGCCAACCCUGUGACAAUGUUGAAUGCUGGUGCUGACAUGUUGGACCACCUGGGCCUGGAGAAAGAUGCAGCCAGGAUACGCUUCUCCAUUGCACACACUCUCAAUGAAGAUAAAAUCCACACCCCAGCAUUGACAUUGCGGAGGGUGGAGCCAGUGGGACGGUGCUAUGUGAGUCACAGUCGUUUGCAGAGUCAUUCUGCUCCUAAUGGAGAUGCCAAACCCUCACCUCGUGUAAAAAACCAAGAAACUAAAGAUCUUGUUAUCGAGGAUGAUCUUGACUAUUUGAGGAGCCUGGAUCCCAAGAACUGGAAGGACCAGGAUCAUUAUGCCGUGUUGGGGCUCAAGUCACUGCGAAUACGAGCCACUGAUGAGGACCUCAAGAAAGCCUAUCGGCAGAAGGUUCUGAGGCAUCACCCUGACAAACGACGGGCUGCAGGGGAGGAAGUGCUGGAGGAUGAUGACUAUUUCACCUGCAUCACCAAGGCAUAUGAGAUAUUGGGGAAUCCCAUAAAACGCAUCUCAUAUGAUUCUGUCGAUCACACAUUUGACAAUUCCAUCCCCUCUGUCAGUGCUUACAACAAAGAGCACUUUUUUAAGGUAUUUGGUCCUGUGUUUGAGCGAAAUAGUCAAUGGUCUAUUAGGGAACCAGUUCCUAGGCUAGGACAGGAAGAUUCCAGUAGAGAUGAGGUGGAAGAUUUCUAUGCCUUUUGGUAUGACUUUGAGUCCUGGAGAGAGUAUUCCUACUUGGAUAAAGAAGAAAAGGAAAAGGGGCAAGAUCGAGAGGAACGUCGGUGGAUUGAGAAGGAGAACCGAGCAGAGAGGAAGCUGAGGAAGAAGGAAGAGAUGAGUCGAAUUCGGAAGUUGGUGGAUGCAGCAUAUGCAUGCGAUCCUCGUAUCAUCCAGUUCAAGGAAGAAGACAAGGAGAAACGAGCUGCCACAAAAAGGGCCAAAGCUGAGGCUGCUCGACUCAGGCAAAUUGAGGAAGAACAGAGACGUAAAGACUUGGAAGAGGAGGAACAGAGGAAGAGAGCAGAGGUGGAAGCAGUAGAGCGAAGGAAGAAUGAAGAACGCAAGAAAGAGAAGGAGGCAAUGAAGAAGGCAUUGAAGAAGGAGAGGAAGAAUCUGCGGGGAUUUAUGAAAGAUCACAAUUACUUUGGAGACUCUGAUGCUGAUGUUGUUAAUCACAUGGCUGAGCUUGACAAGCUCUGUGAAGUCCUUUCACUUCAAAGAUUAGAGGAACUGAAUGAGAAGCUGAGCUUAGUCUCAGAGAAUGCUUCAGCCAGGAAGCAGGUGUUCCUUGAUGCAGUGAGAGAACUAAAUGAGAGGCUUGACAGGGAGAAGCAGGAACUCCUGGAUAUGGUCCAUAAAGCAUCAAGUGGGAGCUCAACCUCAGCACACCAGAGACAAUGGGAUGAUGUUGAUCUCCAGCUACUCAUUAAAGCUGUCAAUCUCUUCCCUGCUGGAACCAAUCAGAGGUGGGAUGUGGUGGCUCAGUUCAUCAAUCAGCAUUCAUCUUCUGGUCUGGUGCGAACUGGUAAAGAGGUUUUGGCCAAAGCCAAAGACCUCCAGAAGUCUGAUUACUCUAACAAUGCUUUACGACAAGCAGCCAAUGAAAAGGCAUUUGAGAAGCUCCAGAAGGAGACAGCAGGUCGUACAACAACCAUUGAUGCCUCCCAAACCCAGCGAUUUGAUAGUCCUGCAGAGCAGCAGGGUCUAAACCUUGAUCCCUGGACACCUGAGGAGCAGAGACUUCUUGAGCAGGCAUUGAAGACAUAUCCAAGCUCAACAUCUGAUCGAUGGGACAGGAUUGGUGCAUGUAUUCCCAAUAGGUCUAAAAAGGACUGCAUGAGACGAUACAAGGAACUGGCUGAGUUGGUGAGAGCCAAAAAGGCAGCCCAGGCAGGAGUGCAAAAUAAGAAGUCCUGACAGAUUACAAUUUAGUCUCCAUGGCUUCAUCCUGUGAUUACUUGAUGGCAUUGUGAUUCCCCAUGUGUCUCCAUUGGUUUUGCAGUCUCUCUUCGUCUUCCUUUGCUCUGUUUGUUCCAUUUUCUUCAUGGGGUUUCCUGUCUGGAUAGGCUGACUGAAGAAAUAAAUCAGUUCCCACUCAAGAAGC